UCUCUUGUAAGGAGAAUCUGUCACUUAUCCUAAUGCUCAUUUCAAAGGUUUGUCUCUGAGACUUGCCACCUCACUAAAACACCUGUGACAAAGUAAAUAAUUUUAGUCUAUUUUAGCCAGAGUUGUGCAAUUACUUUUCAUGAGAUGCUUUUAUGCAAUUUAUAACAGCAUUUUAUCAUACUUGUAGUACGAGUUACAUAUGGUUUGUAAGGUAUAGCCUUAAUAAGGAAUAUUCUUGCUUUAACAAUAAAUGAGGUAAAUUGUAAAAGUAAUGUGUGAUUGAGAGAUUCAUUGCCAAUAGAUAAGCUUAGACUAUAUACCUUCUGUACUGACAUUACGAAACCAUCACUCCUUGUUCAAAUGCAUUUACAGGUGUACAAAUUUCCUGACCAGAAAUGUGAAAAAAUAGCUUUAGUGGCGUGAAGUUCAUAUGGAGGUUUGUGGAGUGCAAUGUAAAACGUUGUACUGAAGCUUUUACGCGAAAUCUAUAUAGAUGUUUAUGAUUUUUUUAAAUCGAUAUUUAUGAUAACGUAUCAAUACAGGCUGUACUAAAUAUGAAUUUCUAUAGAUUAUUAUAUAAUGUAUCAUAUAAGGCGGUAAAGAUGAGUCUGUCGUUUGUAGCGAGAUUUAUUGCGGUUUUCCAAUAUACAAUAAUACAAUGAAGCUAUUAUAACAUAACUUUCAAGUUAUAAUAUCUUUAAUCAUUUUUACGAUUAGAUUUUAAUCGUUAAACAAAUCGUAUGCCGCUAUUUAUCAUUGUAUUUAAUAUAGUCUAUGCAAACGUUUGUAAACAAUUUACUAUUAGGCUAUUUAAAGACAAAUAAGAAGUAUUCAACGAUACCAUUCAUUUUAAUACAAUUUGAAAUCUGUGAUUAGAAUUUAUCAAAUAGUCUACAGACUCGCUACUUUACAGCUAAUACAACGGAAUAUAUUAUUAUUAUUAUUUAUUUUGUAUUAUUAUUAUUAUUAUUAUUAUUAUUAUUAUUAUUAUUUAAUAAUAAUCAUAAUAAUAAAGCUCUUCAUAAGCAUGUAGCCUACGUCAAUUUAACAAAAUAGUACAAAAACGAAUUACAGCUAUUUAUUAGCUUGUAGAAUUAAGCGUCACUGGGCGAGAGUGCACAUUACUUGUAUAGCAGUCUUUACGUUUUAAUUCUGAUAUAAAACGCGUUUCUUGUCAGUUCAUGUCACUGUUUGAUGUACAAAAUAGCUCAUGUAAAAAUAUAUCCUUUUAUUGACAGGGAAAAUCUUAUUUUAUAUGGUUAGUCUAAUAUUUAUUUGCGUUACAGACACCUUAUCAGAUAUCGAUUCACAAAGUUUUUAUGGUGCCGUACUGUGACCGGAGCAGCUAAGGUAAGGUGCGCUAGGUUGUUUGACGAUAUAACACACGGCUCAACCCUUGGACCCUCAGGUCCAUGGUUCUGUAACCUUUUUUUCCCACUCACACAAUGCUUUAUCCAAUUUUUCUAGCUAAAUUAACUCAGUUUUGAUCCUAACAUAUUAGCCUACACCCAAGUAUUUUAUUUUUAUUUGUAUGAAAGCAGCAUUUAAGACUAUACCCUUUAAGUGUAAAUUUGGAACUUGUUCUCUUGAUUUGUACCAGUGGUGGCAUAUAGCCCAGCUAAUAUAACUGUUGCCAGCAUUACACUUCUCGGCCAUGGAAACAGUAGCCUACCUUUUCAUUUUGACCCUAUAUUGUAUAUACAACGUUAUGUGUCUUAUUUAAAAUCAAUCUGAUACGAUAAUGUAUACUUUUGUGUCAGUUUCAUUCAUAAAUAGGCUACGAAUUUAUUUAUUUGUGUGGUGUUUAUUGGUGCACUGUAUUUUUCCACCAAUACAGUUGCGUAGCCUACUUAUUCUCGAUGUGUCGAGGAAUCAUCAGGUGUGCUGCGUGUUGACUGACUAAAUCCAGUCACAAGUUAUUUUUCUUUGCCCGCGCAGGUUGACAGCUCGUAAAGCUAGUUGUGAAGUAAACAUUUGGCAACAGAUACCACCAUUGUAGCUCGAGAUCUAUGGAUUUACCAUGGAUAUAAUAAAGGGUGUCACAUUAAUUUAGCAUGGUAUAAGAGAUCUGGAUCUAAAUGUCCGCGCCUCCUUACCCGUUUUAAUCAAUUCAACGAAGAUACUAGAGAUCAAACGAUAUUUUCGUCGACCAACCUUUCUGUAGCUUUUCUUGUGACGUGUGGCGUUUCUUGUGUAGAAUGAAAACAGCAAUGAUUUUAGCAGGUUGUAGGCCUACGUUGUUUCAGUUGAAACCUACGUUUAAACUUGGUCGCGGCAUUCGGUGUCGGGUGUCAUAUUUUCAUUGCAAAUAUGGAACUGUAACGACAUCAUUGCAUUGUAUUGUGUCAAUAAUAAUCUGUUUAUGGCCGAUAAUAACCGUUUAAAUUUAAAUCAAUUUAUGGGAAGAUAUGGGAAACAUACAAAAAUGAUUUAUAAUAUUUAGCCUACAGAGAUACACAUUCAAUUGAUCUAUUCCGAAAAAAAAAUCUUUUAAAAACGCAGCGGCGGAAAAAUUAAGCAGCUAUAAGGUAUUUGUUCCCUUUCUGUGAGCACUGUGCUGAUGUCAUACGAAUAUAAAAUAAGAAACAUUCAGGCUGGCUCUUAUAAUGUAAUUGAGCACAGCUGUUUUUCACAGCUUAAGGUGUUGUUCGUUUAUCCCUAAACUGAUUUGACUUUAUCUUUAUUCUCAGACUGUACUGUAAUGAUUUACGAAGCAAUAAAGAACAAGUUAAUAAAUAGGGACUGGUUCGUAUAAAAACAAUAAGACCAAAAACCUGCAUGUAACCGGACGGCUGUGUGAAAUAACCUAGAAAUUGCAAGUUACAUCAGUUUUCAACUGUCUUUUCAAUAUAGACGCCCUAAAAUAUACAUUUAUUUUGUAUUAUUGUAAACAGUGAUGCAAAUUUUAUUGAAGCAUGCAUGACAAGCCUUGAUAACCCCGUUUAAUAAGUCCAGUUCUGAAGCCAUUGUAGCCUAGAGCAAUUUAUGGCCUUAUCGCGCUUGCUUUGAUGUAGGCUGUGAUAAAACGAAGCAAUUCAAGCUGAACUGAUAUAUUGUCAAUUUAACUGACCUAGUCUAGAAAGAUAAACACUGAUUGUGUUUAUUCGCGUAUUGAAUAGCUCGUGUGCCUUAUUUAAAAUGUUCAUAAGUAAAGACGUUCGCAUGAUUGGAAAGCCGUGCUUUGGAGAGCUCAACGUGGGUGCUCUAAUGUUCCUCUCCGCGCGAUUGGCGGAAGGGAAGAUGAUGUCAGCCCACCCGUAGGAUUCCCGAUUGGCGUGUGCAGUGUCAGUGAUGGGGUAAACAAGGCAGGAAGGAAGGUUUUGAACUUCAAAACUAGACUCAUUGCACAUUGUCGACGUUAGACACAACACUGUAGGAGGGGGAGGCGCUUUAUGGAAACCCAAAGUUCCUGGCAAUAAACUCUCGUUUAUUGACCAGUGCCAAUAUCAUCGAAGCAACACUGGAAGAUCGGAUAUCAGUUGAAAGCUGCGAAGACAUGUGACUGAGCUGAAUAUGUUUCCCAGUUAAAUUGUGGUUGAAACGUGACUGUCUUUCGCGUUGACAUGGGAUUUUGAUAUUUUCACGAGUUUAUUCUUUUCUGCUAUGGGACACCAUGAACUGGCAUUUUGACUGCUACUGUAAAGAAACUGUUGGGUAUGUUGCAUUUGUAUUUAUAUUCCAAUGAGCACCGUUGAGCUAAACUGUACGGCGUCUGGAUUUUGAAGACAUUUUCUCUGUAACUGAGAAAUCGCAUGGCACCCUCCGCGUGCAGGUGGCCGAACGGCCGAAGCUGAGAGCCCAGUUCCGAUUGGCAACGCUGCCAUGCUGCCAAAAGUCGAGACUGAAUCCCUGGGAAUCGCUCGAUCGUAUGGGGAACAGGGACGCGUUCCUAAAAGCAUGCAAGCACCCCAUUUUAAAAUGAUGGACUACUCCUACGAUGAAGACAUGGAAGAGAUGUGUCCAGUGUGUGGAGACAAGGUGUCUGGGUACCACUAUGGGCUGCUGACCUGUGAAAGCUGUAAGGGCUUCUUCAAGCGCACAGUUCAGAACAACAAAAGGUACACGUGUAUAGAGAACCAGAGCUGCCAGAUCGACAAAACGCAGAGGAAACGCUGUCCCUACUGCCGCUUUCAGAAGUGCCUUACAGUGGGCAUGAAACUCGAAGCCGUGAGGGCAGACCGCAUGCGGGGAGGCCGCAACAAGUUCGGCCCCAUGUACAAGCGGGACCGGGCCCUGAAGCAGCAGAAGAAGGCGCUAAUCCGGGCUAGCGGGCUCAAGAUGGAGGCCGUGAGUCACGCCAUGCAGACGGCGCCCACCGACCUCACCCUCUCGUCCGCCAUCCAGAGCAUCCACUCCGCCUCCAAGGGCCUGCCCCUGAGCCACGCCCACGGCCACGUCCACGCCCACACCCACGCCGCCCUGCCCCCCUCUGACUAUGACCGCAGCUCCUUCGUCGCCCCUCCCAUCAGCAUGGCCAUGCCCCCUCACGGCGGCCUGCAGGCGUACCCGGCCUACGGCCACUUCCAGAGCCGCACCAUCAAGUCCGAGUACCCGGACCCCUACAGCAGCUCCCCCGAGUCGCUUUUGGGGUACCCUUACGCCGACGCCUAUCAGAGCGGCUCCCCGCCCGGAUUCCCCCACCUCAUCGUGGAGCUGCUGAAGUGCGAGCCGGACGAGCCCCAGGUGCGGACCAAGAUCCUGGCCUACCUGCAGCAGGAGCAGGCCAGCCGGGGGAAGCACGAGAAGCUCAACACCUUUGGACUCAUGUGCAAAAUGGCCGACCAGACUCUGUUCUCCAUUGUUGAGUGGGCAAGAAGCAGCGUGUUCUUCAGGGAACUGAAGGUUGAUGACCAAAUGAAGCUUCUCCAGAACUGCUGGAGUGAACUCUUAAUUCUAGAUCACAUUUUUCGCCAAGUGGUACAUGGAAAAGAAGGCUCCAUCCUCCUUGUUACUGGCCAACAGGUGGAUUACAGCGUACUCGCCUCCCAAGCUGGAGCCACGCUCAGCAGCCUCCUAGGCCACGCACAGGACCUGGUGGGGAAGCUACGCUCCUUGCAGUUUGACCAGAGGGAGUUUGUGUGCCUCAAGUUCCUGGUGCUCUUCAGCCAGGAUGUGAAGAGCGUGGAGAACUUCCACCUGGUGGAGAGCGUGCAGGAGCAGGUGAACGCGGCUCUGCUGGACUACACCAUGUGCAGCUACCCCCAGCAGACGGACAAGUUCGGCCAGCUCCUGCUGAGGCUGCCGGAGAUCCGCGCCAUCAGCCUGCAGGCCGAGGAGUACCUGUACUACAAGCACCUGAACGGGGACGUGCCCUGCAACAACCUGCUCAUCGAGAUGCUGCACGCCAAGCGUGCCUGAGGCCCCGCCACCCCACCACCACCACCUCCCCCCCCUCCCCAGACCCCAGUACUGUGUCUCCACCUCCCCCCUCCAAACAUCACCACAGCCCCACGGAUACACCGCGAAAAAGGUGACGCUGUGAUCUGGGAUGCCUGGAUAUCAGACGGGUAUACAACUGGAUUAACUGUGAGAGACUGCAGUGUUUCCAACCGUGAACAGCAAGAGACCUCACUGAAGACGAAGAAUAUGACUUUUUGUGUCUUCUCAGAAAGGCUGUUGAAGGGAUUUGUUGAGACUGAUUGACUGAAACGAAUAAAAGAACAAGCAAACCCAAAAGAACUGUGCACUUAGGGACUUCUCACACUUGAUCAGUUUCAAAGAGACUCUCAGUCUCCUUGGUUUGGAAGAGGACAGAGAACUGUUAGUUUGCUGGUUGUUCACACUUGCAGGCAUGCAAAUGUGCCAAGUCUUCAGAAACAGACCUUUGGUUCAUUUUUAGGGUUCUGGGCUCAGUUUGUCUUGUCUUCAUAGUGUAGUGAAGGGGCUCUCACUGCCUCCAUCUCCUUUAAUGAAGACAUCACAUAUGCUAACAAUCAGGACAUAGGGCUCAACUUAAGCACAUAAGAGAUAUACAUAUUCUGGCUUUAGAUACACACAUAACUCUGUAUUGAGUGGUCCACCAUUGUUGCACUUAAAAUAAUUCAAUUAGCUCAUCCUUACACACACCCACAGAUGGAAAAUGUGACAUUGUGCACCUCUUCAAGUUAAAAGUGUUGUCUUUGUAAUGAUUACUUUGUUUUACGCAACUCAGCACUAAUAAUAAUAUACAACGUAGUCUACAUUACUGAAACCAAUGGAUUGCUACUGCUAAAGACAAAAAUGAACUUCCUGUUAUUGGUCACAGAUAAUUCCUGAAGUUGUUGCGUAUGUUAAUCAACUGGAAAUCAUUGUCAAGUUCAAGGUCAGAAUAUACAUAACACUGGAAUGUGGAUGUUACACACCUUUUUCUGCAAAACCAAGCCUGAAGGGUAGAUAUCAGAAGCAAAUGUUUAAAUGCACCAAGUCACAAUAAGCAUACCCUUAAAAUAAGCACCUAAGUCAUUCUGCACCAGAGUUAUGUACUAUUCGAGUCAGAAUACGCACACGUGUGGGCUGUGUCGCGACAUCACACAGUCAGCAGGGGCCACAAGUCUUCUCUGUUUUGUAUGAAUAUUCCUGUCUGUACAGAAGACGACAUACUGUGGGCAUGCGGUGUACUGCAUCUUACCUGAAUAACACAAACACAGCCUCGCCAAAAAUGAAUACACAACAAUAUAUUAUUGUAAAAGAGAAGUAAUGUGCUCCUCUUGGUCGUUCUGCAGAUGCACAUCUUAUGAGGAAAGGUUUUUUUUGUUUUUUUUUAAACCUGUGAACAGUUUACUUUAGCUUUGUAAAAUACAUUGGGGGUUUUUUUGUGGUAAAUUAUUAAAUAGUAUUCUGUUUUCAUUCAUAUGAAGGGCAUAGAAAAAGGGACAUUCCUCUACUGCCAUAAUAAACAAAAUUAAUUUCCCACUAAUUCUUUCUUUUCUUUAAAAGAUGUUUUUGCCUCUGUCAACUGUAGACCAAAGCCUGCGACCGAACAAAGUGUGGUGUUCAAAAAUAAAACAAACCAAUCUUA